AUGUCAGUCUCCAUGGAAAGUUCCGAUGAUUCAUCGCUGUCUUCGGAUCUUCCGCUACCAAAUGAAAUCUCUAUAAGCUGUUUUGCUUUCGUUCCAAGACGUUACUAUCCAGCACUAUCUCUUGUCUCCAAACCCUUCGCUGGCUUCAUUGCCUCCCCUGAGCUUUGCAUGGCGCGUUCACUUCUCCACGCUACCGAAAGUGUUCUUUAUGUCGCCUUGAGAUUUAGUCUUGAAGAAACCCAUUGUUGGUACUCUCUCAAUCUAAAACCUCUAAAAAACGAAUCCACUCUGGUCCCUAUUCCUUCUUUCCCUUCUAUUCCUUAUUGGGGAUCUUCUGUGAUCGCUAUUGGCCAUGAGAUUUACGUUUUCGGAGGAUGCAUCGAUGGAGAGCUUACUUCCAGUGUCUUUGUAGUCGACUGUCGGUCUCACAAGUGUACUUUCCUCUCAAGCAUGCGUGUGGCACGUGGCUGCGCGGCCACGGGGGUUGUAGACGGGAAGGUCUAUGUGAUAGGAGGGUGCAAGGCUCGGUCCGUUGAUUGGAUCGAGAUGUUCGAUCUCAAGACGAAAAAGUGGGAGAGUGUUUCGGGUCCUUGCAACGAAGAGGUGUAUGAGAAAACGAUCAAGAGUUUUGUGAUGGAUGAGAAGAUUUACGUCAUGGAUCGUAACAGUAGCUUCGUCUAUGAUCCAAAGGAAAAGAGUUGGGAGACGGAACCGGAGUUGAAUAGAGGGUGGAGGGUUGGUUCUUGCGUAAUCGACAACAUGUUGUACACUUUUGGCGAGAACAAUCAAAUAAAACUGUACGAUCCGAGUACACAUGUCUGGAGGGUUUUAAAAGGUGUCGAAGAUCUACACGAGCCUCCUUCUUGGGCUAGACUGGCGAAUUAUGGCGGGAAACUCGCGGUUUUGAUUGACGUUGGUGAACGGAUGACGACGGAGGUCUGUUGUACGGAGAUUGAACUAGAAAGGCGCCAAGGAGGAGAGGUUUGGGGGAAGAUUUUGUCGUAUGGUCGUGUGCUUGCUGUAGACGUUUCGUCCACGAUUGUAAAAUGUAUUACCGUAUCGAUCUGA